AUGGCCGCCCCCCAGCAGACAUACGUGCCGAGCAAGACGCUCCGGACCGAGUAUCCCCUCAUCGACAACGACCCCCACUUCAAGAGAGUCAUUGCAUAUGCCAGACCAUCCGACUAUGUCCACGGCGCGGUAGCUGCCGCGGCUGGGCCCGGAGCCCUGUGGACGAUGGAGCGCAUCGCGCCGUCACACGUCGGCAAGGGCGGUUUCGCCUCGGCCAUGCGCCUGACUGGCGUCAUUGGUGCUAUCGGCGGUUUCCUCUACUUCUACCAGAGAUCUACACUGCGGUUCUACGGCAUGAGCGAGAACGCCCGCGAGAUCGACCUGGACAUGAAGGAGAUGGUGGCCAAGGUCAAGGCGGGCGAGCCGCUGUACGGCGUGAGCCAGCUGAGCCCGCACAUGCAGGGCGUGGCGGCGCGGCAGUCGCGGUACUCUGCGCUCUUCACUGCGGUGCUGCCGUGGUUCAACUUUGUCAACCACAACCAGCACGGCGUCGACACGGCCAAGUACUACCGCCAGGCCGAGCGGGAGCUCGAGGCCGAGCGCCUGAGCAACAGCCCCGUGCAGGGUUAA